AUGUCUGAGUGGUUCACCGAACUCGAAGAGGUCGCCUACUCCAUAGUCGAAUAUAUCCCAGUAAUCGGCACCCUGUACUCUCUAAACCGAGCCGCUAUCGCUUAUAGGGAGAGGGAUUGGACGCGACAUUGGCAGUCCCUCGGCAACUACCUCGAGGGCUCCGUCCGCGAUGUCAUUCUCUUAAGCGAAACCGCCGAACCCAAAGAAGUCGCCAUUAUACACACCAUGGCCGAGUCGUUCACCGACAAAAUGAUUGAGCUCUACCAUAAAGAGCCCAAAAGGCCUGAGAUCAAUAUCACCCAAAAGCUGGAUGACCAAAGCGGACAUGUACUCGUCGCCGAGUCCUCACAGGGCAAGAAUGUGAGUCAACUCUUCGGAGACAAAGCCAAGGGUGUGCACCACUUUCACGGCGCUGUGUUCACUGGUACGCUCACUGACCCCAGAUAUGCCCCGGACGGCGAGAAGAUCCGGCUUGAUAUUCCGCACGGAUUGUACGACGGGGGACGAGUCACCUUCUCCUGGAAAUGGACUAAAAACUACUAUGGAGAAGAGAAUGUACCUGAAGCCACGUAUGGUCGUAUUAAAUUGGACGCCGGCACACCCACACGGUUCAAAUUGUCCAGCCGCAAGGGUGCCGGAUGGGAAGGUUAUGACUUUUGGGGUACGAUAGACUCCAAGGACGAAAUCAAUGCUACAACCAUAAUCGAUAAUAAAGAAACUCAGAUUGUCUUCAAAAGGUUGGACGGAACCUGA